AAUCAGCACCCACUCGAAAUAGAUAUAGUUCAGCCUCAUCUUGUCAGUUCAGUUCAGUUCGAAUUCUGCUUCGCUGUGAAUUACAUCUGAUUUGGUCCUGGCUAAUUUCUUUUUUCUUUAAUCUCUGAGGAAGAGCGAUACUAAAGAAUGGAGGCAAUGGAAGGCAACGGCUCUACGAAACCGUUCUCGUUUGAUAAUUACGACCAGCGAAUCACCAUAGCUACAGCCAUGAUCAUCUUCACAAUCAUUGGUACUAUUGGCAACACCCUGGUAAUCGUUGCCGUCAUCCUUUCCCGACGACUCCGCUCGCCAACCAACUGGUUCAUCGUCAACUUGGCCUUUGCUGAUUUCUUCGCGUGCCUCACUUUCCCUUUCAAUGCCGUUGCAAUGCUGAGUCGUACUGGCUGGCCACUCCCGGACUGGAUCUGCACCCUCUGCGCCGCAAUGUUUUACAUCUGCCUUGGUGCCAGCGUCCUGACGCUUGUCGCCAUUGCCUUCAAUCGCUAUUAUCUGCUGACGAAACCGAUCGCGCAGUUCAGGAAAUUAUUCAUACCGAGGAACAUUGUCUUCAUGAUGACUGCUUCUUGGGCAUAUCCUUCGAUUUUGGUCUUUGUGCCAUACUCUGCUGGUGUGGUAAAAUUGGGCUACUCUGAAAAGUACAAGUCCUGCUCGCAAGAUAAUCUAUUUCUUUCCAGGAUCCCAGGCUUUCACAGUCUGCUCACCGGAGCUGGCGUACUUUUCCCCGCCUCUUUUGUUAUUGUUGUCAUCUAUGCCAGAAUUUACUUCUUCGUAUCCAAACACGCGUCGGCCAUGUCGAAAACCCGUCGAAGUGCAAAGAUCAACCUUGAGAUGAGUUCCUCGAAGUUUUCUUCUAUCAAACUAACCAGUACGACCGAUGCCUUGAGCCAUUCCACUUGGGAAUCUAGUACAAGCCAGGCAAUCGAAGCAAGUAAUGCCACUGCUGGCGACAUCGAAAGUUCUAGAAAGGUCCCAACUGAAUCGAAAUGUGAGAACGGGUCCAAGAUUCCGUACAAACCUGGCGCUGAUCUACUGAGGGUUCCAAGCAAAAUCCCAAGAAAAAGUGAAAAAGUCAAGAAAGAAAGCCGCAUCGACCGUUACCAAGUAACCGUCAUCAACCGACUGGCCGUUGUAAUCAUAGCCUUCUUCAUUUGCGUGCUACCGUGUGCCAUCAGCUGCAUACUUCCCCAUACCGAUCCGGCUGCACCUUGGACCUCGCUACUCAAGACUUUCAACAGCUGUAUCAAUCCACUCAUUUACGCCAGGACAAUGCCGGAGUUCCGCAGGGUGAUGAGAGCCAUCGUCCGUUGUCGCUUUCACGAGAUUCCAGAGCCAAUUUCAUGCAUUCGUCGUCAGAAUUAGGUCGUCGUAAUUGCAGUUAUGAGACACGUCACGCCUUCGAAGUGGCGUAGCUACGGGGGGCAUGGGGGGGGGGGCACGUGCCCCCCCUGAGAUUUGGUGUGCCCCCCCAGGUGCCCUCCCUGAAAAAAAUUGGCAGAGCAAAAAAAAAAGGGAGAAAGAAGAAAAGAAAAAAAAGAAAAAAAGAAGAAAGACAGAAGAAAAAAGAAGAAGAGGAAAAUAAGAGGAGGAAGACGAGUGAAUGAUAUAAUGUGAGGGGAAGACUUGCAAAAAAAAAAAUCUUUCAUGUUACCAUAUAAAAUUUUUGCUUGCGCUUCGCGCCAGAAUUGCCUGUUCGAUGAGAUUCAUAUCUUGCUCAAUAGGCUGAUAUGGAGCAAGUUUUGAAGUCUAUAUACAAAAGAUAUUUUAGCUCGGACAUCGAGCUUUCAUUAUUUUUUUUCAUUUACAAAUUUAAGUGCUCUGUAAAAUGUUUGUUUUUAUGGUCUACAUAUCAGCAUUUUAAGCUCACGCUGCGUGGUCACAUUGUUUGAUUUGCCAAUUUUAUUUUGUCUAGGUGUAUUCCAUAAUGUUCCAUUAAACAAAUGUAUUCAGAAUGCCCAGAUUCUAGGUCUAAAUCUAAAACAUGCGCGAUAGCCUGCAUGUUCUUUAUUUAAAAUGUACUUAAAUUAUCCAGUUUCACAUCAGAAUAUCAAUAAUUGUCUGCUCACGCUUUAUGAUCGCAUUAUUAAUGAUACCCAAUUAACUAUAUCCUAUUUAUGAUUUACAAAAUAUGAAUAGAGUGUCCCGCUUUUAGGUCUGAAAUCUCAAUUUUCUACCUCUCGCGCUUCGCGCUCGCAUCAAUUGAUUGUUACAUACCUAUCCCAUUUAUUAAUACAAAAAGUGCUUAGAAUUACCAUUUUUAGGUCGGAAUGUCAAAAAAAUUGAAAUAAUUAUUGAAACAGGUCCCUUUUCGAUAAUGCUAGAACAGUUAAUAAAAAUUUCUGCUCGCGCUUGGCGUUCGCAGUAACCAUCUAGUUACAUACGAAUCUUGUUCAGGAUCAUACAUAACAUUGCCCAGAAUAUUAAAUUUUCAGGACAAAAUACAUGAAUGUAAAAAAAAAAUCGCUCGCGCUUCGCGCUCGCACUUUUUAUAAGGCUUAUGAGAUUAUUUCAUGUUAAUGUUAUUUUAUAAGAAUAAAACUAAGAAGUAACUGAUCGGGGAAAAUAUAGGUGAAGAUAAUUUCGGGCACCGUCCCCUAUUGGCGAAAGUCGGAUCCGCCCUUGUGACACAUACACACACACCGAAAAAAUGGUGCCCCCCCUGAAAAAGCAAGGACCCCCCAGUGCCCCCCCAGGAAAAAAAUCCUAGCUACGCCACUGCGCAUCAAACUAUAUCGUAACACCUAUCAGAGGUGUAAUAACUUGAUUUUGAGAAGCAGGAAGUCAUGAAUAAAAUUUACAACGUCACCAAGAAGUAUAAUUGAUGGUUAGGCUACUAUUUUAUAGGUGGAAUAUGAAUCCCUAUCGACUAGAUAAUCUAUGGCACCAAGAUAGAGGCAUAUUACAUCUAACCGUGACAUACUGCUUGUUAAUUAUGUUUGUAAAAUAUAUAUAUAUAUAUUUCAAAAUUGAUUAAACUUGCGCUGGAUAUCAAAGGUGCCAAAUAUGGAGUUCCCGGACUUGUUAUUCCCCUUUCUCUUUUAAGCUACCACAAACAAGUCAGCAUCUUUUAUUUUGUAAAUGACUUCUGUCAUUUGCAAGCUUUUAAAAAGCUUUCGACAUGUAUUCAUUUUUCUUUUUUUUUCCUUUUAAUUAUAAUCUUAACUUGCUAUGCUUAUGUAUUUUAUUCGUUUUUCUUGCAUGUAUAUCUCAGUUGUUUAUAUCAUGAAUGCACAUAUUGCGAUGUUUUUUAAUGGAAAGGAAUAAACGAAUUAAAUUGAAUUGGUAGGUCCCUCCAUUAAUUACUCCUAUUACUCACUUUAAAAAGUUCCCAUUAUUAUCGUAUGACUUUUUAAUGAAAAGGGUAUCGCAUAAACUUACAAUCCACGAAUUGUCUAUAUCAUCAUUCAAUAUCUGUCUUGAAUUGUUUGUUUGUACUGGUAUAUUCUUGUAAAUAUUGAUGUUUUUAUAAUUCUGGAAUAUAAAUGAGUUACAUAACAAUAAAAUAAAAAUGCCUAUGAAA